AUGGUUAUCGCAAAACAUAAUAAUACAGAGGCUUUUUUUUUCACAGUACAAGGUGAUAUAUUGAGAGACUAUGUUAAAACAGAAGGAGCCUGGAUUUCUUCUGUGAGAGAAGUGAGAUAUCCCCUGCUCAGUGUUGAAGAAUGUGCAGCGAAGUGUAAUGGGGAAAGCACCCUUCUCUGCAGGGCCUUCCUCUAUAACCCAAAGGAUCAGGAGUGCACCCUGAAAGCGGACAACAGUCGCAUGCAGGAGGUGUUGAGAAGAACAAAUACUAUCCUCUAUGAGAAAGAAGCUUUUCUCUUGGAAUGCAUGUCAGGCAAUGGAGUCACUUACAGAGGAACGGCCUCCAAAACCUACUCGGGAAGGACCUGCCAGAACUGGAGCAGCAUGCAGCCACACAUACUAAACUACACACCAGAAAAUAGUCCACAUGCGGAUCUGGAGGCAAACUAUUGCCGAAAUCCUGACAAUGAUACAGAAGGCCCCUGGUGCUACACUCAAGAUCCAGGAAAGCGCUGGGAAUACUGCCGGAUACCCAGCUGUGAAGAGGACUGCAUGUUCUGCAGUGGAGAGAACUACCGCGGGAAAGUUUCCCAAACAGAGGACGGUAUCACGUGCCAGCGUUGGGACUCCCAAACACCCCACCUCCAUGGGUACAAUCCAGCCUCUUUUCCUGAUAAAUAUCUGGAGGAGAACUACUGUCGGAAUCCAGACGGGGAACCCAGGCCAUGGUGUUUAACGACAGACUCCAAGAGAAGAUGGGCAUUCUGCAAUAUCACGCGUUGUGGGGAAGAGCCUCCUGCCAUUGAAACAGAGACAGAGUGUUACACAGGCAAGGGCCAUAACUACCGGGGAACUGUAUCGACAACCAUUUCUGGCGCUGUCUGUCAAGACUGGAGCUCUCUAACUCCACACAAACACACAAGAACCCCCAGUAAUUACCCCUGCAAAGGGCUGGAGGCUAACUACUGCCGGAACCCAGACAACGAGAAGGAGCCCUGGUGUUACACGAUGAACCAAAGCGUCCGAUGGGAAUAUUGUCAGGUGCCGAAGUGUGGAGUUCAGCAACAAGUGUCAGUAGACGAAGGUGGACCCACUGACUGCUACGUUGGCAAUGGGUUGGACUACCGCGGAACUACUGCUGUGACCGCGACAGGGAAACGAUGCCAGGAAUGGGCAUCUAUGACACCACACAGACAUGAAAAGACACCGAGGAAUUUCCCUGAUGCGGGGCUGGUUGACAAUUUUUGCAGAAACCCUGAUGAUGACCGGGCACCUUGGUGCUACACGACCAAUCCGUUUGUCCGGUGGGAAUACUGCAGGAUUUCCAAAUGCGAGACCCCGGAAUCUCAAUGGCCUGAUUUAAGCCCCAACCCCCCAGCAACCACAGCAGAGGUGGAGCAGGUCCCCGCCCCCUCAGACGACUGUAUGUUCGACAACGGAGAGACAUAUCGCGGGACCCGCUCCACCACGUCAAGCAGCCGGACUUGCCAAGACUGGUCAUCGAUGACCCCCCACUUUCACAGAAGCUACACCCCCAAGACCCACCCUGACGCGGGAUUGGAAAGGAACUAUUGCCGAAAUCCAGACAGGGAUCUCAGAGGCCCAUGGUGUUACACAACAGAUCCAGAUAAACGAUACGACUAUUGUGAUAAUAUUCCACAAUGUGCUUCAGUUGUCACUGAAUGUGGAACACCUGUUGUUGAACCCAAGAAAUGCUUUGGACGUAUUGUUGGCGGCUGCAUAUCCAAACCACAUUCCUGGCCUUGGCAAGUCAGUUUACGCAGCAACUCCGGUAUACAUUUCUGUGGAGGAAGUCUUAUUGAUCCCAAAUGGGUCCUCACAGCUAAACAUUGCAUCGAUCGGUUAUAUGGACCUUCAGCUCUCAAAGUCUUCCUUGGAAUACACAAAGAGAGCGCCAGAGAACCAUCAAGACAAAUAAGAGAUGUUGAACGAAUUUAUGCUCAUCGCCGGGCUGAUCUUGCCUUGUUAAAGCUCCAAAGGCCAGCAGUCGUGAACGACAAGGUUGGAAUAGUCUGCCUGCCGCAAUCGGGUUUUAUAUUAUCGAGUGGAGUGGAAUGCUACGUUACAGGUUGGGGUGAUACACAAGGAACAGGUGGAGAUGGGAUUUUAAAAGAGGUAGGAUUCCCAGUGUUUGAAAAUAAAGUCUGCAAUCGCCCUGACUACUUGAACGGAAAGGUGAAGGACUCGGAGCUGUGUGCUGGAAAUGUGGAUGGAGGUUCCGACAGCUGCCAGGGAGACAGUGGAGGUCCUUUGGUCUGCCCAAAUGCCCAGGGCAAAUACAUCCUCCAAGGAGUGACAUCAUGGGGACUCGGCUGCGCAGUGGCGAUGAAGCCAGGAGUUUAUGUUCGGACAUCUUUUUUCAUUAACUGGAUUUCAACUAUCAUGAGGGAAGAUCAGGCCUGAUGCAGCAGUGUAUAAUCAGUAUGUGUUCAAUCGGGUCAUGAGAUUCUAACCUGUGAAAUGUUAAAUUCUUUUAUUCUCAUAUGUUUGGCUUUUACUUCACCAGGAGGACUUUAGGCAGUCCCUUGACACCAUGAGGUUAACACUCGAGAUGGAUGGGGUGGCGGGGUGUGCAGAUGUAUCUGUUUAAUCUUGAGUAUUGAUGUGAUCUGGCGUAGUCAGCUGAUUAAAAACGACAGGUUUGACUCAAACUCUUCAUUAUUCAUUGUCUUUAAUAAGAAAAAAUAAACUUGUAUGAAUGGAUUCUGAAUGGCCAAAGUAGUUGUGGUAGCAUCCAUCAAAUGACUGAAUGUUCAAUGGUAUAGAUAGGGAAUUAAUGGGGUGCACAUGCACACAUCGAACCUGGAGUCUGGUUUCUGGAGAAGAAGUGAAUAUUAAUCUUCUUAUGUAACUACCACAUCUACAUAACUGCACACGUAAAUUGUUCUCUCCUCUCUUAUGAAAUGGCAAAUAAAAAGUGCACUAACAAAACUGACUUCCAGCGACUAGUGUUUCCCUGAAGAGGCAGAGCUGAGAACUGACUGUGCUUGCUUGUCCCGUUUAAAUGUAAAAAAAAUAUACAAGUUUGUAGUGUGGGUCUGGAGCCAUGACCUCCUGUAACUUAUAAAGUGGCCACUGAAUGUAUGUUCAUGGUCUUCUGCUGCUGUGGCCCAUCCAUUUCAAGGUUCAACAUAUUUGGAGAUGCUCUUCCGCCCAUCGCUGUUUGUAACGUGUGGUGCCAUGAAUGAGUGUCACCUCCCUGUCAGCUUGAACUAGUUUGGUCAUUCUCUCUAACCUCUCUCAUUUUCACCCACAGAACUGCUGCUCACUGGAUGCUUUUUGUUUCUCUCAUAAUUUUCUGGUAGUUCUUGCUGUCAGCAUUAUUAAUGACUGGCAACACGAGUGAAUCUGCAGAUGCUGGAAAUAAAUAAAAACACAAAAUGCUGGCAGAACUCAGCAGGCCAGACAGCAUCUAUGGGAGGAGGUAGUGACGAUGUUUCGGGCCAAAACCCUUCAUCAGGAGUGAAGUAA